GGAGCGCUGACAGGGUUAUACGGGGUACAACACCGCAGCCACGACCCUUGCUGGCUUCACCGUUGUUUCUGCAACGUGUUCCCCAAGUCGGCAUUUUGUCUUCGACGGCGCAGCUUGACAAACGGGGAACGUACGUGCUGACACUUUCGCCUGGUUUCGCAUUUCUCUUAUAUUCUCUUGCUCUUGUUGCCUGUUCGGCUUACUCUCCGUGUGCGCUCUCCGUGGCCUUUAUUAUCGCCUCGUGUUUACGCAUAGAGAGAUCGCGGAUUGUCCUUUCCUAUCAUCAUCACCUUCGUCCCUUGGAGGCUCGCUCGAUACGGUAUCUAUUCCUUUUGUUUUCGCGAGGCAGGAACUAAACGUAUCUGCCUUAAUCUCACGCCCUCUCGUAAGUAGGUAUAAGCUUGAAACUGCAUCGGCUAGUCUUCUGGAACGAGAAGUUCACAUGUGGAGCCUCUGUGUCGUGAAUCAGCGGAGCAAGGGUGAUCUGUGCUACUUUCUGUAGACAUAUAUAAUUUCGUACUCGUUGAUUGCGAGCGAAUUCUUAAGACCACCUCUAAUUCUGACGACCACGACAAGAAAUGUCGGAAAGAGGGCUUGGUUUCCGGAAACUCUUCCGCCGCCCUUCUUAGGCAGUCUUCUUUUGAAAGCUUCCAAAGUGCUACGUUUUUAAGUAUUGUGUCGAUCGCUAGAGAGUGCCGACAUAGCUCGCAGGCCAGGUUGAACCGCUUGUACGAGCUUGAUAAGAUCAUCCGUUGCUCUUUCGCAGGCGCUCUUAAAAGAGCUCUCGGUGCAUGUAUGUUCGAAAGGUCGGACCCAUUUUUUUUUUUCUAGUAUCCUUCACAGCAAGCCUUUUCUGCCUCCACUGACGCAUUCGACAUCAAAACGUAGAAAACGUAUUCUUCGCAAGACUGGGGAUAUGGCCUGUUUUUUGCUGGGCACGAUCGUUUCAUUUCGGUUGUCCGUGGACCAAAUGUUUUUAGUGUGCCCUUAGGCAUAAAGUUGGACAACCUUGCUGAAAGUUUUGGUGGUGUCGCACAAGGUGAGUACCUACUUUUUGCUUCUAGGUCGUGAAAGGUGUCCUGGAUUGGAAAUGAAUAACUUCAACGAAUCCCGGAUGCUGUAUUCGUAUUUCUGUAGCUUGCUUCGAAAGGAGUCGAUGCAUGCCAUGCAGCUUGCCUGCUAAACGAUUUCGCUGUAGCGUGAGCUCUUAUGUAACCACGUUUGAGAACAUUGCUUAGCGUCUAGUGAGUUCCUGUCAGGUUUCCAACACAUAAUUGUCUUGCACUUAAAGGAAUCAUCACUACAUUGUCGGAUAUGUGACUGUUGUCUUCUUUCGGCGAGCCUUAUUUUGUGGUCAGUGGUUGAGAUUAUACAUUUCUAUCGGCACUUUGCACCCUGAGAGUCUCCUAGUUCUUGUCGAAUCGCAGCCUGGCUUGAAGGCUAAUGGUGCGUCCACUGGCUUGUUCGCCCUAUCAUUGGAUAGCGUGGUCACAUGCGACGUAGGCUGACCUUCUUUGGAGGGGAAGCAGCUGACUGCAAGUUUCCUUUAACGCCGUUUGCCAGACAAGAUCAACGACUUGCCGUUCCCUGCGCUAUAAGCGGUGAUAAAUCCAUUGACGUUUUCUGGAACUUUCCUGCUGUGACAGCUUAUUCCUGCUCGCUUCCGAAUUGGGACUCCAAGCCAUUUUCACCUGCUUCGUCGUGUCGCUUUACUAGCGAACCCCUCGUGCUUGCCUGGGCGAACGUGAUUGGCUGCGGCUUUUUUCGCCUGUUCGCUUUGACGUCGGCGAAAUUGCCGGUGCAACGGUUCCGUCAACACACAGCCAGCGUGUGCCGCUACGGCUGUUUCUCUGUGCGACGCCGUGCUCGAACGUACCAAAGUCCGCGGCUGUACGCUCAUCCGUUACGUGCUCUAAGCGCGGCUGCUUGGCUUUCUCGCUGGCGACGAGGCAUCGUUGACACAGGGGAUCAACGCACCCUCGCCGCCGCCGCAGCCCCGCUGGGCGCGCCGGCCUCGCCCACAUCUUGGAAGCGCUUCAACGGCUGCCGCGUUACGCGCCAACCGUGGCUCGCUGGCCCUAUAGCAUAGUUUCACGCACGUGCCGUUAAUGCCUUGUUGGCUUCGGCAACAAAGCGUGGUAAACUUUAUCCUCUUUUGCCUUGAUUUAGGAGAGAAGCAACAAGGGACAGCCGGCAAUCGCGAAUUCUUCGUGGGGGUGAGGCUUCUGAGCAGGGAGGAUAGUCAACGCUGUCCGCUCACGUUUCUUUCGACGCUUGCUUCGUGCCUCUUUGUGUUUUCUUUUAUGUUGCUCGUUGACCUAAUUGCCUCCGCUCGUUGUAUCUCGCUUGCCGUGCACUUGAGUGCGCUACGCCGUCUUGCAGCUGCUGCGUUUCGCUACGUAGUGUCUCGCGAAAAGCCGAGUUGGUGGUCGUUUGUUGACAUCGCGCUCUAUGAAUCUCCCUUCCCUUCACCGUAGUCCGUUUAUCUGCUCCGGAUGCUCGUAUAACACUUCCUUCGCUCAGCCGCCACGGCCGGAGGCGUUGUUGUUGGGAUCGUGGUUUCUGCAGCGGUGGUUCUCCUGUUCGGCUGUCCGGCACCCCGCGCCUCGUCUUGUUUGCUUCUUCUACAUGGUACAUGCAGUCUGUCCAUUGACUCUCUUGGUUCUUUCUCGAUGACGUAGUUUUCUUUUUAUUGCGAAAACAUUACGCAGCCCCGGGUUCUUUUGCUUGAUACCCUGGUUCUCUCUUUGCAGGCUGACUGGUAUCACACUGUGCGGAGUGUCACAACAAACUUCACUUGUCUACGCUCAUCUCAGACGCGUAGAGCGACGAAGACGCGCUUUAUACUGGAGUGAUCUCGCUUCGCCCGUCGCCUUUGGCUUGAAAUCGAAGAGAGCGUCUUUCGCGCGGAGAAGAAAGUACUGUAUUUUUUUUUAUUAUCCGCCGGGAUUGCAGACGUUCAAAGAAUAUGACUUAGUUGUGAAACUCAUCCUGAAGUAGUUAUUGACGGAGUGCUGGAACUACCGCCGGUUGGACCGGUCUUUCUAAGAAGUGUAUCGAGAGCUCUCUAAUGCAAGUCUGGUGAAAUCUGUGCGAAUUCUAGGGCCACCACGUCGACUGCCGCUUGAGCCGUAGCCUGUCGGUAUGCAUUAGGAAUCGCGUGCCCGACGCUGUUCCGUUGUUACAUUGUUUUAGUUGUGGAACGAAACUAAGUUUCCCUCACUGCAAUCCGCUUGCUUGCGAGAGCGUAAUUGAUAGAAGACAGACGUUCCGCGGCGCUUACCAGAAACAGCAAGGGGGAAAUAGCGGGAGAAGAACGAAGUCGGCUCACAAUUGACUCCGAGAUGUUCUGCUGGUUGUCGACGUCCUCCCGUUCGCUUCUUCCUCUCAACGGCGUGAAGGACUCGUCGAGUUCGUUGUCGGUUUGCUCUCGCCAGCACGGCGCGCCGUCAUCUUGCACCGCCAGCGUGUCAUCAUCUUGCGUAGUUGAUCAACUACGAGUGCCUCGUCGUCUGUCGUCCGCGUGCCUCUGCGUCGAAGACCUCCUGCGCCGAGCUUCGCUCCGUGGUCGUCGUGCAGUGUUUCUCCUUCCGUGCCCGUCCCGGUUCUGAGAAGUGCGCGCGUAUUACCCCGUCAAAAGCGGAACAAAGAGAAGAGGAUAAGCGGAUACAGCGGAAGUGGACGAUGCUGCGGCCGCCGGAAGUGCGCUUCGAGCCGGAUCCGUACGAGCCCCCCGCUCCCCCGCCCGGGGCCGAACGCGAGGGCGCCUGCAAGCCGGCCAACACGAGGCGGACGGCGCCGACGCCGUUGUUCCUCAACGUCCCUGGUCAGGCUUCGGCUCCUAGACGACGCCACUCAUGGAUAUGCGGUUUCGACCUGGAAGAUGGGCCGGGCGGUUCCGGUGGCGGCCGAGCGCUGCUCGAGGCCUCGAGCCCCUCUGGCGCAGGCCUGGUGCUCAGCAACUUCCCGCCUCAGCGGAGGGAGUCCUUUCUCUACCGCUCCGACUCCGAGUUCGAGAUGUCGCCGAAGUCCGUGUCGCGACACUCGUCCAUCGGCAGCGAGGCGACAAGCGCCGUGGCUCCUCAAACCAGCGCAGUCGCUAGCUCCCUCCAAAGGCAUGGCGAAGACCAGAUCGUGACCCCGUUUGCUCAAAUAUUGGCCUCACUACGUAGCGUGCUGAACAACAUUAAGCAUCUCACCAAGGACGUCCCACCCACAAUGAAGGUGCCAUCCGGUUCACCUGGCACAAACACAAGCGGAUCUUCUCUAUCAGAGGAGGAGUACAGCCAGAUGGCGUCGUCCACUGUGAAAGAGCUGGAGUGGUGCCUCGAGCAACUGGAGACGAUACAGUCUCACAGAUCCGUAGGAGACAUGGCGUCGAGCAAAUUCAAGCGCAUGCUCAACAAGGAACUGAGCCACUUUUCGGAGUCGAAGUCAGGGAGCCAGAUAUCCGAGUACAUCUGCAACACAUUCUUGGACAAGGUCCAGGACCUAGACCUGCAGGUUUUGCGGCCCGAAGAAUGCGGCGCAACGGUCGCCGUAACCGGCGUGGCGGGUGCGCCAGGAUCGGUUCCCGGGGUCCCUGGCAGCGGCGGCGGCGGCGGCGGCGGCGGCGGCGGCAAGACGCGCCAGCAUCGUCCGUCCGACGCCAUGUCCCAGAUCUCGGGCAUCCGGCGCUCCCUGCACCACACCAACAGCCUCACCACGCUGCCCAAGUACGGCGUCGAGACGCCCCGCGAGCAGGAACUCGGACUCGUCCUCCAGGAUCUCGACCGUUGGGGCUGCAACAUCUUCAAGGUGGCCGAGUACUCAGGAGGCAAGCCGCUCACCGCCGUCACUUACACCAUAUUCAAGGAUCGUGACCUGCUUAAGACGUUCGACAUUUCGUCCAAAAAGUUCCUGACCUUCCUGUUGACGCUGGAAGACCACUACCUGAAGGUUCCGUACCACAACAGCAGUCAUGCGGCUGACGUCACGCAGUCCGUACACGUGCUGCUGCUGUCGCCUGCGCUUGACACCGUGUUCACAGACCUCGAGACUCUUGCAGCGCUCUUCGCCGGAGCCAUCCACGAUGUCGACCACCCAGGCGUCACCAACCAGUACCUCAUCAACACCAGUUCUGAGCUUGCCAUCAUGUACAACGACGAGUCAGUGCUCGAGAACCACUCUCUGGCCGUUUCGUUCAAGCUGCUCCAGGACGAGACGUGCAACAUCUUCGAGAACCUCACGAAAAAGCAGCGGCUCACUCUGCGUAAGAUGGUCAUCGACAUGGUCCUCGCCACAGACAUGUCUAAACACAUGAGCUUGCUCGCCGAUCUCAAGACCAUGGUUGAAACCAAGAAGGUCGCCGGCUCCGGAGUUCUCCUUCUCGACAACUACACCGAAAGGAUACAGGUGUUACAGAACAUGAUUCACUGCGCCGACCUGAGCAACCCGACCAAGCCGCUAGAGCUGUACAGGACGUGGGUUGACUUGGUCAUGUCCGAGUUCUUCAUGCAAGGCGACAAGGAGCGCGCCGAGAACCUCGACAUCAGUCCCAUGUGCGACCGGCAUACGGCCACCAUCGAGAAAACACAGGUGGGCUUCAUCGACUACAUCGCGCACCCGCUCUGGGAGACGUGGGCCGACCUGGUGCACCCGGACGCCCAGGAGAUCCUGGACCGGCUAGAGGAGAACCGCGACUGGUACCAGAACAUGAUCCCCAUCAGCCCGACGUCCAGCGUGCCCGACAUCGCACCCGCCGACGGCAGCGGCGGUGACGAAGAAGGCGCCGCCGACGACGACGACGAGGCCAAGGGCGGUUCCGCGGACAAGAUAAAGUUCCAGAUCACCAUCGAGGAGCCCGAGGACGACGACAACUGCAUUCGCGAGGAGAGUCCCACGUCGUCGGACGGCUAGCAGCCGGCGACUCCUGCUCCUCAAGACGCCCGCACUAAGGCGUGCUCUAGACUUCUACUGGAUCGCCCCCCGCCGCCGCCACAGCCGACGUCUCCGUCGCCGACGACGGCGACGAAGCCGGCGGCUACGACGAAGAACGCGUCGGCGGCAGGGCGAGCCGCAGCGGGCUUGCUAGGCCGGUUCCGGGUCUGCUGCGUCGCCACCCUUAACUUAUUGAGUCGCUGGUGCGGCGGCGCCCGAAGGCGCAGGACUUCGACCGAGGGCGUCACGUCGGACCGCGACCUCGCCACCUCAUCUCUGCUGCUUAGCUGCGGCCCUGACUCUUAAGAAAGGGACAAAAAAAAAAAAAGUCCGCCGCCUCCCCGCUCUUUCGCACGUUCUCGCCAUCCCCCCGCCGGGGUCCCCGUUUCCCGGAGGAGUCAUCGUACGCGUAUAAAUACCCAGUGCGCUGCGCCUCGUAGGCUACGACUUCGACAGCGGCGUGCGUGUUUGUGUGUCUGUGUGUGUACCGAGCCGUGGUUGUAGUGCGUCGCUGCGUGGCAAACAGAGCCCUGCUGGUGCUGUGACUCAUGUAACCGCGCCGCGACGUGUUUCAUGUGUGCACCGUCUCGGGCACCGCAACUGUCGCUCUGUGCCGUCAGCGCCUCGGUCUGUCGCCCGUUCGCAUUUCGCUGUUCCGUGCACCUUUGAUGAGCAAGCAAGCGCGCACGCUGGAUCUCAGUGUACCAUGCGAACCAAAUAGAAGGCGAGUGGGACCCAAAGGCAUGAGCAUCUGUACACAAGCCAAAUGUGGCGCCGUUGCCGUCCGAACAUUUUUUUCCUCUCUCUCUCUCUCUUUCUUUCCGGCGCCGGAUCUGAAGCUCUCAUCUUGUCAAGCAGCGCCUGGUUUUCUAUCUUAUUCUCGUGCUUGCUUCUGUUCUUCUCUUCUUCCUCCGCACACGCGAAUUGCCGUUCGUGUGAGCGCCCCCUAUCGCGAGCGUGCGAAAAGCAGUGCAUCUAGUCAGCAAACAGCAACAACAGCGCCACCUAGACUUGGCAUAACGCACGUUGUCUACGCCGCGCCCACUGUGAACACGACACCUUACUUUUGUGUGUGUGUGUGUGAAAGCCCCACCAACAGCAUGACGGACAGGCAAAAGAGGACACAGCGACGCUCUCUUGACUAGCCGAGUUCUUGUUCGCCCUGCACGAUGCCUCUCGGCAGUUGUCGGGCUGCAGUGUCCGCAACACGCGGAGCCGCCGUGAAGUGGACGUGGUGAUGAACUCAGUAUGGACCGAUGUCGCACAAACACACACGUAUGGAUGCAGCCACGAGCAACGAGGCUCGACCGUGGAACGUUGUGUUUCAUCUUUCACUCUAUCCCUUGCAGCGGGGGAGAACGGCAGGGAGGCGAAGUCGGUAGCCGGGUCGUUCAGCGGUUACAUAUACUUAAUACUCGCGGCUGCUCUUAGAAACCAAGGCAGCUGGAAAAGAUAAACACGUAUACAUACGCAGACUCCGCCCCCUGUCGCGGACGACAAGAGGUGACGCGCGAGUGUUUGUGUCGUUAUAAGUCACCGCCGCUUCUACCGCUGUCUUUGACCUCGACGAGUACGAGCAAUACAUUGUACGUGCACAUAAGCGGCAAGACGGGCGGGACACUAGCUUCUGACUUCUCGUUAUAGGAGGGUAUACGGACACACACUCAUACGAAAGGACACUGGGUUGUUGAAUUGUUGCAUUUUUGGAGAGUGUGUGAUGAGGCAGAGAUAGUGUGUUAGAGAGUACGACGAUGCGUUAAAACGGAAGAAAGAAAGAAAAUGAGGGAAAACGAUGAUAGUGACGUAUUUUAUUCUUUCCCACCAACCAACUCGCCCCACCCACACUCGUGGAACACUUGUUGUGUGAAGUUCUCACUCCAUAAAUACACGCUAUCUCCUGUUUGCUUGUUAUGCGUGGAAAGUGUGUGGACAUGCCCUAUGCGAGAGAUGUAGCAAGCGACGAGUUGCAGGUCACUUUAUAUAUAUAUAUAAGAAAAGAAACUCUUGAUGAGUGGGCAGGGAAAUUUUACUCAUUGUAACCGGGGCUGAGUUUAUUACCUGGAAUGGCUUUUACUGUUUUCGUUCCGUCGCCGACGCUCACUUGCACAAAGCGUUCACGGUGGGACGUCUUUAUUAACUUAACGAAUUAACUGACUACUCCGUCAUGAUAACCGGUGUCGUUAUAGGUGUGUAUAAGUGCUCUGCACUGCGAAAAACUAAACAAGGUUCUUAGGAGGAGGCGGGUGUGGAGAAGAAAAAAAAAGUACGGGAGUGUAUGCAACGAUGCACUUUCCUCCCCAAAGGUUGUGUCUAGACUCUUCUUUAGGAAUCGUAGGGAAGCUGCUUUGUUUGUUAUCCUUUUUUGCUGAGUGUUAAAGGCAAGGCUAUGAGUCGGAGCCUCAGGAUCCAUGUGCACAUUGUUGUAUAGGAGAGCAUAACAAUGCCCCUUAGUAAACAGAAAUAAGCUAAGAGUUGUGUUUGACGCGUUUGUUUUACUCUCUUUUGUGUCUUUUUUUUUGUGUGUGUGUUCGUUCCCAAUACAAAACGACUGUUUCGGGCUUCGAAUUCAAAUGUGAAGACACACGCAGAAGCACGCGUUAGAACACUUGUUUAGAUCUCCCGUGUCGUCUCAGCAAUUUCUGCACCGUUGAUGAAAGCAGAAAAUACAAAAUGAAAACUCGGCAUUACGAAUUUCGCUGUUGCAGGUAUUACAAGGUAUUAUCGUAAAGGGUGUAUUUUAAUGCCUACGUGGAGCGAAAUGCGCUGAAGGGUGCAAUAUUUCACGCCGAUGAGGAGGAGUUCGCCAUACUGUAAAUUCUACAAUCCAGCUACUCUUUCGGCAGCUGGGGAAGGGAUCUUCACUUAUUAUCUAAUACAGCCAGAUCUGGCAUAACGUGCGUGCUACAACGCUGUCUAUUACCUCCGUUCCAUGGCGUAGUCGGGUGUCGCAUCUCUAUCGCUGACAUCCUGUUGUAUUCGCCAUUACAAAGCGCAGCUGUUCCUCGGCAUUAGGUGGUCAAGAAACGCCGUAUUUACGUCGCGUUAGUGACAUUUCUGCCAGGAUGUCAGCAUAGAACAGUUGCAUGUCGCAGUGGCAAUUUCGACAAGCUGUUUAGUUGUGCUCAGCUUCGCAAAUGUCACAGGCGCUACACCUCUCGGCUACGUUCGCGUACGACAUUGAACGGGUAAGAGAAAGUAUGCAUACCCGAAGGUUAAUACUGUGGUGCCAUUGGCCGAACACCAAAUAUUUUCUCGCGUCUCGCCCUUCCCGAAUGCUACCGAAAAAAAGACAGGUACAUUUAAUUGAGGAGAGAUUUCAUUCUAAUGAAAUGAAACGAAAUGAAAAAUAACCUUAAAAGCUCUAUCCAAAGUGUCAAAAAAGAAACUAAAAAAUUACACCCGUCAGUGUCGCACUAUUAAGGGUGCGUCGUACGCUCCCGUUCUCAGCAGAAUAAUGAACGCCAUGUUGGUCGCUCUCAACCAGCGCUUCCUCACAGUCCCUUCAGGUUUUUAUUACCUUUUGCCAGUCUUAUUUCAGCGUGUGUUAGUAUGUCACAUGUAUACUAACAGCAAUGCCUCUCCCCUCCUUUGUUAUUAACACGUUACAGAUUUCCGUUGUAUGUGAACUAUUCUUCUCCGAAUGGCUAAAACAAAGUGCUAAAAACAAUUUCAAAAAAGUUGUGACAUGUUUUGCGGUGUGCGUGGAACGCAUGCGCAGGUCGCCGGCAAAUCCAGAUUCUUUUCUGCCGAGCACGCAUUUUGCCCCUCGCCCCCUUCACAUUACUAAACCUCCCCUGUACACCCGAUGGAUGUUGGCUUUCCGGGUGAGUUCCUAGAAUUAGCAUUAUGAUCACACUGUCUUAAUAAAAACAAAUGGAAGAAACGUG